UUUCUGAGUUGGAUGGCUCUGCUCAGACAGAGAGAGAGAGAGGUUGCAAAGGAGAAUUAGAGACAGAAAGCAAGGAAUGCAAUGGAAAGGAAGCUUCUUCUAACCAGAAAUAGAGACUGUUGAGGUUUUGUAUGAAAUCUGCGGGACAACACUAGCUCUUUAUUUCUCUGAAGCAAGACAGAGAUGCCAUCUAGUUCCUUCUUCUUCUUCUUAGCUAUUGAAGUGAAUGCUCUUCAUGCUGCUUCAGGAACUCAGGAUUUUGGAUUUGGAAUUGCGUGUCCUCUUGGCUAUUUCCCUUGCGGGAAUAUCACAAAAUGUUUGCCUCAGCCCCUUCACUGCAAUGGGAUAGAUGACUGUGGGAAUCACGCAGAUGAAGAGAACUGUGGUGAUAACAGUGGAUGGUCUCAGCAGCUGGAUGCAAUUUAUGAUAAAAAGGCUUUCCAAUAUUCCUUGGACUUGGAAACAGAUGAAUGCUUGGUUGGUUCUGUGCCAAUAGAAUGUUUGUGCCGUGGUUUAGAGCUUGACUGCGAUGGUGCUGGUUUGCUCGUCAUUCCUUCGGUCUCUUCUAAUGUAACUAUGAUGUCCCUACAAGGGAAUCAGCUGAGAAAGCUUAUUGCCAAUGUUUUCAAAAAAUAUCAGGAUCUUCAAUACCUGUACCUUCAAAAUAAUAACAUAAGUUUUGUGUCAGGACAUGCUUUCAGAGGACUCUAUAAUCUGACAAAGCUAUAUCUGAGUCACAACAAGAUAACCUUUUUGAAACCCCAUGUCUUUGAAGAUCUACAUAAACUUGAAUGGCUCAUAAUUGAAAACAAUACAAUAAAAUGUGUCUCACCACUAACCUUUUAUGGGCUGAACUCACUAAUUCUCCUAGUUCUGAUGAACAAUUCUCUUGCCCAGUUGCCUGAUAAACAUCUUUGUCAACAUAUGCCAAGGAUAAACUGGCUGGACUUUGAAGGCAACCAUAUCCACAAUUUCGGGAACGUCACUUUCAUCUCCUGUAGGAGUUUAACAGUCCUUGUUUUGAGAAGAAACAAAAUCAGCUCUGUAAAUGAAAAUAGCUUCUCUGCUCUUCGGAGAUUAGCUGAACUAGACUUGGCUAACAACAAGAUCAAAUCACUUCCUCAACACCUAUUUAAGGAUCUGAAAGAACUCUCACAGCUAAAUCUUUCAUACAAUCCAAUCCAGAAAAUAGAAGCAAACCAGUUCGAUUAUCUUAUUAAACUCAAUUCACUAAGCCUAGAAGGCAUUGAAAUUACAAAUAUCCAAAGAAGAAUGUUCAGCCCACUUAAAGAUCUUUCCCAUAUAUAUUUCAAAAAAUUUCAGUAUUGUGGCUAUGCUCCCCAUGUACGCAGCUGCAAACCAAAUACUGAUGGAAUCUCCUCCUUUGAGAACCUCUUGGCCAGCAUUAUACAGAGAGUAUUUGUCUGGGUUGUGUCUGCUGUCACUUGCUUCGGAAACAUCUUUGUCAUCUGCAUGCGUCCUUACAUUCAGUCGGAGAACAAACUCCACGCUCUGUCAAUAAUGUCACUCUGCUGUGCAGAUUGCCUCAUGGGAAUAUACUUGUUUAUGAUUGGAGCCUUUGACCUGAAAUAUCGUGGGGAGUACAAUAAGCAUGCUCAGUUGUGGAUGGACAGUAUCCACUGUCAGCUGGUGGGAUCUCUGGCUGUCUUAUCUACAGAAGUAUCCGUUUUAUUGCUAACCUACCUGACUUUGGAAAAAUACAUCUGCAUAGUUUACCCAUUUAGAUUCUUGAAGCCAGGAAAAUAUAGGACAAUUUCCAUAUUAGUUCUCAUCUGGAUGAUAGGGUUUGUAGUUGCUUUUAUUCCACUCAGCAAUAAGGAUUUUUUCCAUAACUACUAUGGCACUAAUGGUGUCUGUUUCCCUCUCCACUCUGAGCAGUCUGAAAGUACUGGAGGUCAGAUUUAUUCUGUCAUAAUUUUCCUAGGUGUAAAUUUGGUAGCGUUUAUCAUCAUAGUAUUCUCCUAUGGAAGUAUGUUUUAUAGCGUUCAUCAGACAGCGAUUACUGCAAUGGAAAUCCAGAAUCAUGUGAAGAAAGAGAUGACCCUUGCCAAACGCUUUUUCUUCAUCGUAUUUACUGAUGCACUAUGCUGGAUACCCAUAUUUACACUAAAAUUGCUUUCCUUACUUCAAGUAGAAAUUCCAGGUUCUAUAACUUCCUGGGUUGUGAUUUUUAUAUUACCAAUAAAUAGUGCCUUGAACCCUCUUCUCUAUACAUUAACCACUAGGCCGUUCAAGGAAAUGAUUAAUCAUGUUUGGCACAAUUACAAACAAAGAAGGUCCUUGGGAGGCAAAAACAGCCAGAAAAUGUAUGGUCCAUCAUUUAUCUGGGUAGAGAUGUGGCCUACGGAAGAUACCUCACCAGAGUUGACAAAUCCUGCCAAUUUUACAGAUUCCUCUGAGAGUUAAAUAAGUUGACAUUCAGCAAGCCUGA